CACAAACCUCUGCAAAGUUAGACAAAGCGUAAAACUUGCUUUCUGCAGCCUCGUCUCUCUAUGUCCAGCCCACUAGCGGCACUUUUGGAGGUGACACGGAGGCUGGAAUGCAGGUAGUCGGUGCGUAAGGAAAGGUAGGAUUGCGUAAAGAAGAACCGUUUUAUUGGGUUUAGUGUUCAUUCAGGAGUAUUGGUGUAAUCCGGAACCAAAUAUGAAGCUUCAAUUAUUCGUUUUAACAAUCCUGUGCGUCUCAUGUGGGGCAAGUGCACUGGCUACACGUAUCCCUGGUGCACCCGUGUCCUCGAUAGUCGACAACUUCUCAGCAGUCUUUGGCACAGCGCAGAAUAAUGGAACAGACUCGACUGUAUCAAAAAGCCGAAGGAAGCGUUAUAUUUCAAUGAACGACAGGGUGGCUAUUCUUGAUUACCACAACAAAGUCAGAGGAAGAGUGUUCCCUCCAGCAUCCAACAUGGAGUACAUGGUCUGGGAUGACAUGCUGGCUAAGACCGCAGAGGACUGGGCUCACGCCUGCCUGUGGGAGCAUGGGCCACCUUACCUCCUCCGCUUCUUGGGUCAGAACCUCUCAGUCAGGACGGGGCGGUAUCGUUCCAUUCUGCAGUUGGUGAAGCCAUGGUAUGAUGAAGUCAAAGAUUACACUUUCCCAUACCCCCGAGACUGUAACCCCCGCUGCCCUCUGAAAUGUUCUGGACCCAUGUGCACCCAUUACACACAGAUGGUUUGGGCAACAUCAAACAAAGUGGGCUGUGCCAUCCACACCUGCCACAAUAUGAAUGUAUGGGGCUCUGUAUGGAAACGUGCCACAUAUUUAGUCUGCAACUAUUCACCAAAAGGUAACUGGAUCGGUGAAGCCCCAUAUAAAGUAGGGGUGCCAUGCUCGGCCUGUCCGCCCAGUUAUGGAGGCUCCUGCAGUAACAACAUGUGCUUCCCCACACUCAAGACAAACUACCUGCACUGGUUCAAAUAGACAGGUAGACCACAGGUAGACCACAGGCAGACCACAGGUAGACCGCAGGUAGACCACAGGUAGACCACAGGUAGACCACAGACCUCCUCAGUACCAAGAGAGACUGCUACAGAUUUGCACAACAGUCAUGGACCACCUUUUGUAUAUAUGGACUUUUAAAGACACACUCAUUUAAUGGCAGCAGUAACUAUGCAUCACUUACUUGUAAAUAAAUUGUACAUAAUUUGUAAUACUGUUUUGAUUUGAAAUGAUGAAAUAUAAUUUAUCUGUAGUGUGGUCCUUAAACACAGUUCAUGUGGCAUACUGUGCUCCGUACGUGCAGUGUGGUUAACACAUGACAGCUGCUCAUUCUCACUCAUUACGGUGCUAUAGGACUCACACCUAACUGUUGUGUGCACUGCCUCAGUAGGAAUGCUGUGAUGUCCACAUCAAAGCUUCAGAGAGGGGAAUAGUACGAUGCAAAAGGCUAUGCAACUCCUGAGUCUGUAAGAGCCACACGAAAUACUCUAUAAACUCUAAAUAAUGAGAAUAAAACAUGAUUAGAUUUACAUAGUGUGUACUGGGUAGAGACAUUCAUGAAGUGGAGUUUCAAUCACCAUUCUCAGCCUGACCUCUUGUUACAAUAACUUCAGCAGUUUGAAGCUUACCAUUUUGUUACAUAUUUAUUACAAAUGUGUUUGUGAUGUCUGUACUGUUGGAUCACUGCCAAGUGCUGCACUUGUUCACUAUGUUAUUGUUUCAACAUUUAAGGUACUGUUACUCUGUAAUGGCAAUGUCCUAUCUAUAUAUUUGUAUGACAACACUUAUCUUUAUGUGUUAUUAUAGCCAAUGUUGAUAUAUUGGACACCAUGAGCACUCCAGUGCACCUUAACAGCUUCUAAUGCAAGGCCUGUAUUUGUGGAUACUCAUUUAUAUCAGCAGGUACACUGUAAGUUAUUCAUUUUUAUAUGGGGAAAUAUUUAAUAGAACAUGUUUUUUAUGGUUUGUAAAUAGUUUGUAAAUAUCAAGCUCUAAAAUGGUUCAUUUGCAUGUCAAAUUUCACCAUGUUUUAAGCACUACCACAGUCUGUAUCCAGGUAUCCAUCAUUGCCACACAUCGCUGCAGUAUAGAAAAUUUGAAUUGUUCAGCACUGAUUCUAAUUAGCACCAAAUGGUAUUUAUGCCAAUACAGCGCUUUUUUCUGAUGUGUAUUUUGUAAUAAAUCU